CUGCCAAUCAGAAGACAGCGAUGUGAUGUCAAUAAACGCAUGUGAUAUCUUGCUCGAGUUCACAGACUGGCAGUUCGGGAGCACCAGUAAGGGUGACAGUACUUGUGCAAGAUGGUCGCCUUUACACACGGAGAUGGUAGUACAGAAGUAAACAAGUCUGGCAUUUUUAAAAGGAAGAGAGAGCCAAAUUCCCCAGAAAAAGACGACGUAACGCCGGAGGACCGGCGUGAAGCAGUAGUUAUAAACUGCGCAAUUAUGUGCGCUCCAGUAAAAAAGCCCAGGUGUUUCAGGCAUCGCGAGCAAAAAAUCGAGUCCACGUUGAACGAUUCGGGGUUUGAAGAAUAUCUCUUCCUAAGUCCCAGUCUUUCCGAGGGUUUGAUAUAUCACUGUACGCAGCCGGAUGUUCAGACCUCGGACCGGCUGUUAGCAGACUGGCAGAAUUUCUUGGACUAUGGGGAGAGCUGCUACAACAUUCAGAAACUUAACGAAACCGAUUUCAUACCUAUUAAUUAUAUGUCUCGUCAACCGCAGGUCACAGCAGAAGCGCGUUGCAGAUUGGUGAGCUGGUUGAUUCCCGUUCAUAGAUACUUCAGACUGUCGUUUGAGUCCUGCUGCCUCGCCGUGAAUAUUAUGGACCGCUUCCUCUCCACCACCCCGGUGGCGUCGGACUGUUUCCAGCUGCUGGGGAUCACAUGUCUGCUAAUCGCCAGCAAACUGGUUGAGGUCUACUCACCUCAGAUUAAACAGCUUCUUGCCCUGUGCUGCAAUGCUUUCACAAAAGAUCAGCUCUGUAACCUGGAGUGCAUAAUCUUAAUCAGACUGAAGUUCAGGCUGGCAGCUCCAACAGUGGCCUUCUUCCUUGAUUAUUAUACAAACCUGCAGCUUGCAGCUCAGACUUCUGCAGAGCAGAGUCCUGCUGGUCACAGAGAGGAGACUGAAAGGCAGGUAUUCACAGGUAUGGAUUCUGGAGGAGAGUUGAACAAUCCGUUCCCCUCGGGUACAGGUGAGGAGGUGGAGGGUCCCUGUGCCACAGGUGUGGGAGAAGACGUCAGGCAGAGCCACAGUAUGGCCGCAAAGAGUAAAAUCCUGGCAAGGACAAUAUGUGAACUGAGCCUGGCUGACUAUGCUUUCGUCAGGUACCCUCCGUCAGUCCUGGCACAGUGUGCCGUAAAGCUGGCAGAGCACUUGCUGGGAAGAAGGCAGCAAUGGGACUCAAAACCAGAAGAACAAAGUAUGGAUCCCACUUUGCACCAUGAGUGUGGUGACAACAUGAAGCUUCUGGUGUCCCUCAACCAGGAAGUCCUGCACACCAUGUCUGGGUUUUGACAUCAUAGGAAGCCCAUUGACUAGUGUCCCUUCAUUUCAGCAGUUUAUUUAUUGACUGUAAUACCUAUAAUUUAUUCACUAAUUAUGUUCAUAUUGUAUGGAUGAAUUUUUUUCUCCCACAAAUGCAUUAUAUACUACACAAAUCUUCUGAGAAGAGCAAUGAGAAGUAUUAUUUAAUGCAGUGUUCUGUAACCCUGGCUAGUGUUUGACUAGUCUUUUUUUAUUGUUUAUGUUGAUCUGGAGACUGGCUGCCUCGAGAUCAUUGUUGCAAAGCAAAAUUCAAAUAAACUCUGUGAACAUCAGUACAGUGCGCAUUUUGAAUGUAAAAAAAUGAAUGUGAUGACAGAGAAUUUCAAUAAAACAUCUCAUAAGCAAAAAUAAAA